AUGUGGCGAAAGAAAUAUCAUAAUCUCCUCUCUCCCCUCAUUCAAUUUAUUUAAUAUUAAUUUUUAAUUUAUGGGAAUUUUCAUAUGCUAAUUAAACCUCAACUUACUCAAUUAUAGAGAUGGAGAAAACAUCUUCUGUAAAAUAUAUAAGAAUUUAUUGACUACUGUCAUCACAUAUACACUCCUUCUUUUUCCGAAUACCCACUCUAUUCGUUUUAUGUCAUCUUAUGUCAUUAUUCUCUUAGGUAAAUCACUAUUUAUUUAUGCACCCUUAUAACAUCACUACUGCUGCAACACUACUAACCUGUAAUUGCUUUUGAACUAUUAAAUAUUCGUAAUAUAUAAUUUGUUUAUUAUUCUAUAAAUUUACUCAAUUUGCAACAUCAUUUAUUUAUUUGUCAUUAACUUAGAAGAAGUAGAUAUUCUUCCAAGAUUAUACUGCAGAUUUCAACUAGAUUUCCCUAUUCCCUUAACCCAAUCUUAUAAUCAAUUUUGACAUACCCUCUAUUACAAAUAAAUUAAAGAGUAAAUUCACUCCUUCACUUAAGAAUAUUAUUAAUUAGCCGAUUUACUAAUCUGCCAUCCUUUUAUUUAAUUGAUUCAACUGCUCCCCUCAAAGAAUAAUUGGCCUUAAUCAUUAUAAUUAACAUUUUGAUGGAUUAUGCAAUGCUUUAGAAUUGAAAAUUUAGAUUUGACAUAAACCAAAAUUUA